AUGCCGCUGACAAUCCACCACCUUGGCCGCUCACAGUCAGAGCGCAUCGUCUGGCUCGCCGAAGAACUUGGCAUCAAAUAUGACUUUGUCUUCCACAAGCGCGACCCCAUAUUCUCCCCGCAAUCAAUCAAAGACCUGCAUCCCUCCGGCACCGCACCGGUGAUCGAAGACGACAACUCCCCCUUUACGAAAAACAAGGUCGUGCUCGCUGAAUCAGGCGCUAUCAUAGACUACAUUAUUGCCGCCUACGGAGAGGGCCGUCUCGCGCGCACACCGAAAGAUGGCGAGGAAUACGUCCAAUUCCUGGAGUGGUACCACUGGGCGAAUGCCUCCCUGCAGCCAGCCUUGUUCCGUGUACUGAUGACCCGGCGCCUGACCAACGACCCGGAAGCAGUGCACGUCAAGAUGGGCAAUGCGAAACUAGAGCGUGCGCUCUCAAUGAUUGAGGCGAGACUCGGUAAAACCGGAUCCUACCUGGUUGGGAAUGACGUCACCGCAGCGGAUAUCAUGGCGAUUUGUACUCUCACCACCAUGCGAGGAUUCUGCCCCAUUGAGUUUGAUGAGCAGAAGCAUAAGAACAUUCUGGCUUAUCUUAAGCGUGUUGGUGACCGGCCUGCUUAUCAAAAGGCUAUGAAGAUUUGCGAGGGUGAAGAUUUCGUACCUAUUCUUGGUGCAAAGGCUGAGCAGUUUGCUUUCCCUUAUUGA